AACAUCGUUGAUGAUGGUGCUGUCAUCAGUAGACGAAAGUGAGAAACACACUUCAGGCUACAAAUACACUGUGCGCACGUUGAUUUCGGUCAUUUUGCCUGGAGAUCCACGGUUCGAUUUGUACGGGAGAAACCCGCGAUUUUUAACAUCGGUAUUGUGAAAGCGUGUAGAUAUCACCUCGUCGUACAGUAGUUCAUAAUAUUAUUUAAGAUUGAAAUUAUCUUCUACGGUGGAAAAAACACGAAUAAUUGUCGAUUUGUAAAAAAACGAUGGCAGACUAUGUGAUCGGUGACACAAAACCGGCAGAUGUACCCCUACCGGACGAUGGACUUUCAGCAUCACAAUUAUUCACUACCGGCGACGGUCUUACCUACAAUGAUUUUAUUAUUUUACCCGGUUACAUUGAUUUUACCGCUGAGGAAGUUGAUUUACUAUCGCCAUUGACAAAGAAGAUUACUAUUAAAGCACCGCUGGUAUCAUCUCCUAUGGAUACAGUUACAGAAUCCGACAUGGCUAUUGCUAUGGCUCUAUGUGGAGGAAUCGGCAUAAUACAUCAUAAUUGCACGCCAGAGUAUCAAGCCAACGAAGUACACAAGGUCAAGAAAUAUAAACAUGGCUUCAUUAGGGAUCCAGUAGUUCUAUCACCUAAUCACACAGUCAAAGAUGUCCUAAAUGUAAAAGCUGAACAUGGCUUUUCUGGUAUUCCUAUUACAAACACAGGAAAAGUUGGAGGUAAACUAUUAGGGAUUGUAACAUCUAGAGACAUUGAUUUUUUGGAAAGUACAACAAAUCAACAGUACAUAAAAUUAGAAACAAUAAUGACAAAAUUAGAGAAUUUGAUCACUGCAACUGCUGGUGUAACAUUGCAAGAGGCAAAUAUAAUUCUUGAAAAAUCAAAAAAAGGAAAACUUCCAAUAAUCAAUGAAAAAGGAGAAUUAGUAUCUUUAAUGGCAAGAACUGACUUGAAAAAAAAUCGUAGUUAUCCAAAUGCCAGUAAAGAUGAAAAUAAACAAUUAUUGGUUGGUGCUGCUAUUGGUACACGCAAUGCUGAUAAACAAAGAUUGCAACAUCUUGCUAUAGCUGGUGUGGAUGUUAUUGUUUUAGAUUCUUCUCAAGGCAAUUCUAAAUAUCAGAUUGAUAUGAUUAAAUACAUAAAAUCAGAAUAUCCAGAAUUACAAGUAAUUGCAGGAAAUGUUGUAACAACUAUGCAAGCUAAAAAUCUUAUAGAAGCUGGAGCUGAUGCUUUGAGAGUUGGGAUGGGUUGUGGAUCAAUCUGUAUUACCCAAGAAGUUAUGGCUGUGGGAAGACCUCAAGCAACUGCUGUAUAUAAAGUUGCAGAAUAUGCAAGAAAAUUUGGUGUGCCUGUUAUAGCUGAUGGUGGUAUUCAAUCUAUUGGACACAUAAUUAAAGGCUUGAGUCUAGGUGCUAGCACAGUAAUGAUGGGAUCUUUAUUGGCUGGUACUUCAGAGGCACCGGGUGAAUAUUUUUUUAGUGAUGGUGUACGUCUAAAGAAAUAUAGAGGCAUGGGCUCUUUAGAAGCUAUGAAUAGAAAAGAUGCUCAUGGUUCAGCAAUGGAUAGAUACUUUCAUAAUGAGAUGGAUAAGUUGAAAGUAGCUCAAGGUGUUAGUGGUUCAAUAGUUGACAAAGGAUCUGUUUUAAAGUUUUUACCCUAUCUGUUGUGUGGUAUUAAGCAUGGAUGUCAAGAUAUUGGAGCAAAAUCUAUUUCUACGUUAAGAUCUAUGAUGUAUAGUGGAGAAUUGAAAUUUGAAAGAAGAACACAUUCUGCUCAACAAGAGGGAAAUGUUCAUAGUCUUUUCUCAUAUGAAAAAAGACUUUUUUAAAUAGGAAAAUAUUAAAAUGAGCACCUUACAAAAAGAAAAGUACCUGCAUUUAAUUGCAUAUAACUUGUCAAUUCUAACAAAUUUAUGUGAACUCACAUAUGUGCUUGCUAGCUGAACAUAUAAUCAUGGAAAAAUAUGAAACAAAUUGUUUUUUUAACAAUAGACAGGUGAAAUUUGUUUCACAAUUAUUUUAAAUAAUUUAAAAAAUCGAUCUUUUAUAAUAUACUUAGAAGAUAUAAAUAUGUAUUUUACAUAUGUAUAAAAAAUUGAUUCAUACAGGAGAAAAAAAGUUUUAUUAGUUUUUAAGAUAUCCUAUAAAUGUAGUAAUUUGCAUUCAAUUUAUUACUUAUAUGUAUAUACAUAUAUGCCAUUCUUCAAGUACAUUAAUUAGUUUAAUUAAUAUAGAUAUGACAGAAUUAUUAAACAAGACAAUUGUACGUUAUUAUAAUAUCCUUUUCUUGUUGCAUUCUAUGUACCUGAUUUACAUAACUAAAAUGUACAUUUCUUAAAAUUCCCAUUAGAUUUCAAUAAAGAAAUUGAAAAAAUAUUUUAAAAAUAUAUAAUAUUCUUAAAAACCUACAAUGCAGUAAGAAAAAGAUAAUCUAAUGACAAAAACAUUCAGAAUCUAAAUGCCAAACUAUGGGAACAUUAUUGGAAAGAAAUUUAAUCAGCUUAAUUGUUUAUUAGCUGAUUGUUCAUUCCUAUAUAACGUGAUAGAAAAAAAUAUAAUUCGUCAGGUUCCAGGGUUAUAUUUUAUCAAGUAUUUUAAUAUAAUUUAUCAAAAUAUAUUUUUAUGAUCUUGAUUUAAUAUAAAUUAUUUUUUGAGAUGAAAGAUUUAGGUCCAGGUAUUUAAGCUAAGUUAAUUAAUUUUGUAAUCUUAAAUAUAUCAAUUAACAAAAAUACGAUACAUCAUUUUAUUAUCGUUAGUCAAAAAUUUUAUACAGGUAUUAAUAGAACAAAAUUGUAUAUUUGAAAUAAAGUCCUAAUUAACGUUAAA